UUCAAAUGUAUACUCUUUCAGUUUUUCUAUCUUCCUUCACAGAAAAAACACAUUCAUUUCAAACGCAAAAAACAAAAACAAAACCUUGCUAAGCCUACGAAUGGCGGUGGAUCUCCUGGGCUUUCCGAAGAUGGAUGAUCAGACGGCUAUACAAGAAGCCACGUCACAAGGUUUGAGGAGCAUGGAGCAUCUGAUUCGCUUCAUGUCUAAUCGGCCAAACCACAUGGACUGUUCCGACCUCACAGACCACACUGUGGCCAAGUUCAAGAAAGUCAUUUCUCUUCUGAACCGGACCGGCCACGCCCGGUUCAGGCGCGGACCGGUUCGUCCCUCUGCUUCGCCUUCUUCGUCUGAUGACUCAAUCUUUGUCCCUCACUCACAAACUCUUAGCCUAGCUCCUACUCCUCCGGCGCCGGUUGUUGCUCCGACCGCCGUGUCCCAGAUCCCCAUCACUGCUCCGGCGAGCUACGUUUCUCAUCCACAUAGCUUGACUCUUGACUUCACAAAGCCUAAUGCUUUUGCUUCGAACGCUAAGGCUUCGGAGCUCGAUUACGCCAAGGAUAGCUUCAGCGUGUCGUCGAGCUCGUCGUUCAUGUCGUCGGCGAUCACCGGAGACGGAAGCGUCUCGAACGGGAAGCUGGGAACUUCGAUCUUUGUUUCUCCGGCGCCUGCUGUCUCCGGCGGAAAGCCACCGCUCUCGUCUGCUCCCUACAAGAAGAGAUGCCACGAACACGAGCACGAGCACUCCGGCAACGUCUCCGGCAAGUUCUCCGGCUCCGGCUCCAAGUGCCAUUGCUCUAAAAGAAGGAAAAAUCGGGUUAAGAGAACAAUUAGAGUACCGGCAAUUAGUUCAAAAAUUGCUGAUAUUCCACCAGAUGAUUAUUCAUGGAGGAAAUAUGGUCAGAAACCAAUCAAGGGGUCACCAUACCCACGGGGUUAUUACAAAUGUAGUACAGUAAGGGGUUGUCCAGCGAGGAAACACGUGGAGAGAGCACCUGAUGAUCCAACGAUGCUGAUUGUAACGUACGAGGCGGAGCACCGUCAUUCGGGUCCACUCGCGAUGCAGGAGAACGUGGCCUCUGGGGUGGGUUUGGUAUUCGAGUCAACGUGAGUGAGAGAAAUUGAAAUAUUUUAAAAUUUACAUUAAAAAAAAAAAAGAGAGAGAGAAGAGGGAAAGUUGGUAAACGACGUAGACUUUUGUAAUAUCGAGGUAGUGGAGGGGUUUGGAUGUAAAUUUGAUUUUUAAUUUUUAACAUGUAUAAAUAGUGGUGGAUUUGGAAUCUCAAUCUGCCAAAGCAGGCGUUUAAUUUAAUUAGACCUUUUAUAUC